AUGAAUAAUAUCCUAACAAGGUGUGGUAGUUGGGUCUUACUGAUUGGAGGGUCAACAGGUACCAUGCUGGAAGCUUUACAAGUUGUAGGUGAUGGCCAUGGUGGUCCCUUGGGCGAAAGCUUUGAAGAGGACAAUGGCUACAUAGCUCCUUCUUAUGAUGGGGAACCAUCAUCUGGGAACAGGCUCAAGAUGAAACUCAAAGAAUUUCACAAGAGCACCUCAUCAUUCACAGCAUUAGAUAGGAAUUACCUCACCCCAUUCUUUACAACUCAAAAUGGAGAUGAAGAAGAGCAAGUCUGUUGUGGAUGUAGCACUGAUUUCUCAAUUAGUGGUGCUCUGCCUUUGACUGGUAGAAUGCUGUUGCAACAAGAUCAAUCUGAAAUGCCUACUGCAAGAUUGAAAAAGAUGGUGAUUUGUGAUUCAAGGGCAUGA